AUGGCGGGUUUAGAUUUAGGCACAGCUUCUCGUUAUAUUCAUCAUCAACUCCAUCGUGCUGACUUGCAACUUCCAACCAGUCAACCACAACAGCAUCACCACCACCAGCUUUUCUCCGACAACUUUCAGCAUCAUGAGGAGGAUGACGGUGGCGACAAUCAGGGUCUUGACCUCAUCUCUCCUAACUCAGGUGGUGGUGCUGGCGGUGGACCAGGCGACAUAGUUGGCCGACGGCCAAGAGGUCGUCCACCAGGAUCAAAGAACAAGCCAAAGCCUCCGGUCAUUAUUACUCGAGAGAGUGCCAACACCCUCAGAGCUCAUAUAUUGGAAAUCAGUAACGGGUACGAUGUCUUUGAAUCUAUAGCAACGUAUGCAAGGCGGAGGCAACGCGGGAUCUGCAUAUUAUCUGGAAGCGGCACCGUUACCAACGUCAGUCUCCGGCAGCCAUCAGCUCCGGGGUCGGUAAUAGCUCUCCAAGGUCGGUUUGAGAUCUUGUCUCUGUCGGGUUCUUUCUUGCCUCCGCCUGCACCACCAGGGGCCACCAGCCUUACCAUAUUCUUGGCCGGCGGACAGGGACAAGUGGUGGGUGGGAACGUGAUGGGAGAGUUGACCGCUGCUGGCCCAGUCAUCGUUAUCGCUUCCUCCUUUACAAAUGUCGCCUACGAGAGAUUACCACUCGAAGAAGAAGAGUCGACGGCAGUUGAUGGGCUUCAGAUUCAACCACCAUCUUCUCACGGAGACGGCAACGGCGGUGGUGGAAUCAACAGCAACCACCCUUUUCCAGACCCGUCUUCUGGGCUACCGUUCUUCAACUUACCGUUGAGCAUGCCUCCAAAUGGUCAGUUACCUGUGGAUGGAUGGGGUGAAGGAAGCAGUUCAGGUGGACGAUCGAACAAUAAUAAUCCAUUCUGA